AUGUCGAAAGCUAUCGGUAUCGAUCUCGGCACAACCUACUCAUGUGUCGGUGUCUGGCAGAAUGAUCGCGUUGAGAUCAUCGCCAACGACCAGGGUAACCGAACAACUCCGUCGUAUGUCUCCUUCUCCGACAACGAGAGGUUGAUCGGCGAUGCCGCGAAGAACCAGGUCGCGAUGAACCCCCACAACACUGUCUUCGACGCGAAGCGACUCAUCGGUCGCAAGUUCCACGACGCGGAGGUGCAGUCCGAUAUCAAGCACUUUCCCUUCACCGUCUUCGACAAGGGCGGUAAGCCUUACAUUCGCGUACAGUACCGUGGUGAAGACAAGGAAUUUUCUCCUGAGGAGAUCUCCUCCAUGGUCUUGCUCAAAAUGAAGGAGACGGCCGAGUCCUACCUCGGAGGUACCCUCAACAACGCUGUCAUCACUGUUCCCGCAUACUUCAAUGAUUCUCAGCGUCAGGCAACCAAGGAUGCGGGUACCAUCUCUGGCAUGAACGUCCUGCGUAUCAUCAACGAGCCUACCGCUGCUGCUAUCGCUUACGGUCUGGACAAGAAGACUACUGGCGAGCGGAACGUCCUCAUCUUCGAUCUCGGUGGAGGAACAUUCGAUGUGUCGCUUUUGACCAUUGAAGAAGGUAUCUUCGAGGUAAAGGCUACCGCUGGUGACACGCACUUGGGUGGUGAGGACUUCGAUAACCGCCUUGUGAACCACUUCGUUCAGGAGUUCAAGCGCAAGCACAAGAAGGACUUGUCGUCGAACCCCCGUGCUCUUCGUCGCCUCCGUACUGCUUGCGAGCGUGCCAAGCGUACACUGUCUUCCGCUACUCAGACCUCGAUCGAGAUCGACUCCCUGUUCGAGGGUGUCGACUUCUACACGUCACUCACCCGUGCGCGUUUUGAAGAGCUUUGCAACGACCUCUUCCGCAGCACCCUCGAGCCCGUCGAGAAGGUCCUCCGUGACUCGAAGAUCGACAAGGGCAACGUCCAUGAGAUCGUCUUGGUCGGUGGUUCGACUCGUAUCCCCCGUAUUGUUAAGCUCGUGUCGGACUUCUUUAACGGCAAGGAGCCCAACAAGAGCAUCAACCCCGAUGAGGCGGUCGCGUACGGUGCCGCCGUCCAGGCUGCCAUCCUAUCCGGUGACACUUCGGAGAAGACUCAGGAUCUGCUCUUGCUGGACGUCGCUCCUCUCUCCCUGGGCAUUGAGACGGCUGGUGGGGUUAUGACUGCGCUGAUCAAGCGUAACACGACUGUUCCGACGAAGAAGUCCGAGAUCUUCUCAACGUACUCGGACAACCAGCCCGGUGUGCUCAUCCAGGUGUACGAGGGCGAGCGUGCGCGGACGAAAGACAACAACCUGCUCGGCAAGUUUGAGCUCUCCGGGAUCCCACCAGCGCCCCGUGGUGUCCCGCAGAUCGAGGUCACCUUCGAUAUUGAUGCCAACGGCAUCCUCAACGUCUCAGCGUCCGACAAGACGACCGGCAAGUCGAAUCGUAUCACGAUCACCAAUGACAAGGGCCGUCUAUCAAAGGAGGAGAUCGAGCGCAUGGUCGAUGAGGCCGAGAAGUAUAAAGCCGAGGACGAGGCCGCUGCUGCUCGUAUCACCGCGAAGAACGGCCUCGAGUCGUACGCGUACAACCUGCGCAACUCCCUCAACGACGAGAAGCUCGCGAGCAAGUUCGAGCCUGCAGACAAGACGAAGCUUGAGUCCGCAGUGAACGAUGCCAUCUCGUGGCUCGACGCCUCGCAGGAGGCCUCAAAGGAGGAGUACGAGGAGCAUCAGAAGGAGCUCGAGGCUAUUGCCAACCCGGUCAUGCAGAAGCUCUAUUCUGGUGGUGCGGGCGGUGCUCCAGGUAGUUUCCCCGGCGGUGCGCCUGGCGGCUUCCCGGGUGCUGCGGGUGGCGAGGAGGGCCCGAGCGUUGAGGAGGUCGACUAA